AUGGAAAUGGGCUUCAGCCAGGACAUCGCUCAGGAGGCAGCCAAGCGCUUUCCCUCAGGUACGGAGGACGCCAUGGAGUGGGCCCUGGAAGAAUCCACGAGAAAAGCCAAGGAGUCUGCCCAGGCUUUGGGCUUGCUGACGCGGAGGCUGGCAGAGCCGAAGCGGCCGCGUCCUUUGAUGCGGGCGGAAACAGCAGCCGAAGUCUCGCCCCAAGUUGAGGCUGCCAGCGCAGCGGCCGGCAGAGCGCUCGAAAGCAAGCUUGCCAAGCUGGCUGUGCUGUCGGAGCUGACGGGUCGACGACCCGCUAGCGAUGGAUACCCAGGCGACACUGAGCUGGUGGCGCAGCUCCUCGGGCUGGGCUUCUCCUCGGAUCGGGUCCGGGCGGCAACAGAGCGCUGCUCCACGGUCGAAGCGGCCGUGGCCUGGCUGACGGACUGCCAGUAG